AAUGGAGAAUACCGCUGUCAGCACGAAAUCCCGGACGAGGAUGCCGACCAGUUUCUCCGCGAACUCCCUGGACAUUGGACAGCAGCUUGCGAGCGCGAGGUGCCCACCUCUCAUGUCAGAAUCGGUCACUCUGGAUUCUCUCUCUACCAGGUCAUCAGACGCACUACCGCCCUUUCCUACCUGCAAAUCACCGCAACUUGCUACCAUUGCUCUAGGCGACCACCUCAAAAUGUUUUCCGAAGUGUUAUCGAACAAACCUGGCUUCUCUGUUGAACCUACGGUCAUGCUUGCUGCUCCUACGUCCCCGCGUUUAAGAGUGAUGCUAAAAGAAUGCCUCAGUAUAAGGAAAUGGGCGGAGAGCUCGACUGACUGGCACGCCCCAGGCCAUGUUCCCUGGCAAAAUAUUGAUGAAGAAAAGGCGACGAGUUGGAUCCCGGAAGGCUCCUUGUUCUCCCCUGAAGGCUUUUCUCGUGCCUUGUCAGAAGCACGCGCCCGACGUGUCAGCACUUCAAGUAUUCAGCCACCUGUUGCCACUACCCCACCGGACCCGAGGCUCGCUCAUGGAUCUAUCGACGGCGACAUUCUUGAUAUGGUGCGGGAACUCAAAGGCUUACGAUCUUUCUUUGAGGACUCUCUGCAAAAGGAGGAUACUUUGGACCUUAGGCUCACUUCUCAGACGCUCGCUGCGCCGUCUUUACCUGCUUUGGUAGUCUCGACCUCUCAGUUUAGCUUCCCCCUCCCACUUGACUCGACUCAGAGCAUCGCCCAACACAGCUCUCCAUCGCUUGCGCAUAGACGAGGAAGGAAGGCACCUACACCUCUUCGCCUCAAGAUGGAGCAUAAACCUCCUGAGCUCUCGUAUCCCGAGGUUCCAACCGCGUUCCUUGGAUCUCCGACGAGGCAUGUCGCCCACUACGAGUCAACUAAGGACAACAACACGCCUGCUCUGCGUGUCGAGGACAUGAUCACCAAUCUCCGGCUGCAGUGCUCGACGAUGGCACUGAAUACUCCUCCUGUGGACUCCUCGUGGAACUCGCGUUCGGUUAUCAAAUCAUCGGUCGGGAGGGUGGAAGGUCUGAACGGCACCGAGCCCAAACCGGAUGGAGACGAAUGGGCUUUCGCGGAAAGCCUUUAUUGCGCCUCAGACCCGCCGGUUGUUUCUCCUACUAGUAUCCACCAUCUUCGAAGUCCCACGUCACCUCGUAGCUCUACCCAGGGUAGGAAACACGCGACCCACACGUCCGUGCCGACCCCGCAGAAACGGAAGGUUAUUUCCUCUCCCAAAAAGCCCGGUGAUGCGCGAAUUGUCCGACGAAGUGAAGUGCAAGCAGCUCCCCUGCGGUCGGCCAUGGUUCGGCAAGAUAUCUCUCAGGCGAAGAAGCCGUGGAAGAGCGUUCGUUUCGCCCUGCCGCAGAGCGAAGUUGAGAAGAGCGCGGUCGCUAACGUUUCAAAUCCUACACCCAUUAAGCAGCCUCCUCCCCCUUCUAAGGUUCGAGACAAGACCGGUACCGCGCCACCUGGACAAGUGAAGAGCAGUAGUACUACUCCUAAAUCUACCAUCGCUACCCCACCUUGCAAGCCUGGGAUCGUCCGUCGAGCAACAUCUGGCGCGCUGCUGAGGAACAAAACGAACGGCGCUCCUCAGGGCAAAGACGCUGCUCCCGAGAUUACCGAGGCCACUCCCAGACCUCGACAAUCUCCCGACGCCCAAUCCCCCGUCAGAGCUCACUCCGUCGUCGUCUCAUCGCCCCUCCGUCAGUCGAUGCUCCCACAACCAAGGGCCUCGACUAGCAGUGCGCCAGAUGAGACGAGGCCAAAUUCCACUCCCGAUAGUGCCGACCCAAAUCCCAACGCUCCUGGAGUUGGCCUACGUCGUUCAAAGAGUCAGAUCUUGGGCAGACACUCCCUGAGUCGAAUCAUAAAGGGACCCAUGUUCGCGAGCAGAGACGUCAAUAAGCGCGCGACGGUCUCACUCAGUGCUGAGUGGGAAGGUAAUGAGAACCGGGCGAGAAGGGAGAGUGAGAUAGCUCCGUCGGCGUCUGCAAAGAAGAGCCGCAUGCCCGUUCCUCUGCGUAAUAUCUUGACGAGGUUCAAGUA